AUGGCGAGAGCCGAACUCGGGGUCAACAACGCCAAACGCGCGGUCGAGGAUGCUGAAAGGAAGCGGCAAGACAAAAAACGCAAGGAGGAAGACCUCUUGUGUCAAGCGAUUCAAGACGCGCCCACAAUAUUGGCGCGAAUCGAGUCUCUCAACGAUCUGCGCGCGUGUACUCGAGCGCAGCUCAUCACGCUCCAUCGCAGCGUUUUGAGACUUCAUCCAAAGGGUCAGCCGAAAAAAGCUGACCUGGUCGCUGAACUUACGCAGGCAAUAUCAAAAGAGAUUGAAAGUAGGCAUCAGCACGCGGAGCAACGCGAUGAAUUGCCCGGCGUACCGAUGCCAGUAGGCGUGGGGGACUUGCGCAAGAGCCCCAAAACUUGCCGCAAUUUGCACCUGCAAUUUUGCACUUGCAUCUUGCAGAUAAAAUUUCCCCCACCCUUACGAUGCCAGCGCCCGUCAACGUAA